AUGGAUCCGGGAAAUAGCAGUGUUCGUGCUAGCAGUGACGAUGGUGUUGGGCCUUCUGGCAAGGGCGGCGGGGAUUCUAAUGUCGUUUUACGCUGUGUAGCUCAGCAGGUUAUGGCUGAGAUUGUGCGGAGCUCUAAAGAGCAGGGAGGCCCAUUGACAGACCAAGGCUGUACCAUCGAGAAGUUUACUAAAAUGAAUCCUCCGGCAUUCUCAAAAGGAGCUGACCCUGCAAUUGCUGAAAAACUGGUUGACAAGGGAGGCCAAAAGAUGGUGGAGGGCUACAUGUUAUUGGAGGAGCAGAGACGUGUACCAAUGGCUAUGACCUGCAGCCGAUUUAAAGAAAUUUUCUUUGAUCAUUAUUUUCCUACCAUCGUCAGAGAUGCUAAAGUAGCAAAAAUUAUAAAAUUGACUCAGCGAAAUCUCACGGUCCAGAAGUAUGCAACAAAGUUCAUUGAGCUGUCAUGCUUUGCCCCCUACGUCAUCCCAAAUGAGGUUAAAAAGGUGAGGAUGUUUGAGAGGGGCUUGAGGCAGGAUAUCUACAAGCAGGUGGUAGUCCUAAAAGUGUAUGAUUUCUCCAAAUUGGUGGAUAGGGCCACAGUGGUAGAGGAGAGUAGCCAAAGAGAUACGGGGACACCGAGUCAAAGAAAGAGGCCCACGCCUCUAGGAUUUCAGGCAUGGUCCAGUCAAGGCCCUUGGAGGGGAGAUAGAUAUGGCAGAGCUCAGAGAUAG